AAAAGUUACUCGCUUCAAGUGUUAUACGAGUGUUUACUAGCUUUUAGCCUGACUUUUCUCACAGAAUUUAAAGUGAGUUUAGUCCUUUGGAGAAUUCCGUCCAGAUAAAAACAGAAAAUAGCUUCUGGUUUCGAGUUUGAGUGUGUUCGAAAAGUGAAAAAGUGGAGCUAAACCUCGAAGGAGGCGAAAGCGAACUUUCUUUCGAGGCUAAGCUAAGCUAGGCUAGGCUAACACUAGCAACAGUUGUGCAAAGCCAGCCAUUAAAUUAAGUUUUUACUCGAUUUUUGUCGACAAAUGCGUUGGUCGAUAUAAUAAAAGUUGUGUAAAUGGAAACAGUUGAUUGGGAUAUAUAUUGAUAUACUUUAACGGACAGUUCGGUGCUUAGUGUUUGGUACACUUGCUUUACAGGUCUGAAAUUCGGGGUUCGAAUCCCGACUUUCUCAUGUGUUAGUAUUUUUCCAAAUAUGGACUGGCGACCUAUAUAAUGGCUUUCUAUGUUAAAUGCUAGUUGUCUAUAUGUGCCCUCCCAUUGUAAUUUUAAUAUAAAUUAGGGCUGUCAAACGAUUAAAAUUUUUAAUCGAGUUAAUCACAGCUUAAAAAAUAAUUAAUCGUAAUUAAUCGCAAUUCAAACCAUCUAUAAAAUAUGCCAUAUUUUUCUGUUAAUUAUUGUUGGAAUGGAAAGAUAAGACGGAUAUAUACAUUCAACGUACUGUACAUAAGUACUGUAUUUGUUUAUUAUAACAGUAAAUCAACAAGAUGGCAUUAACAUUCUGUUAAAGCAAUCCAUGGAUAGAAAGAUUUGUAGUUCUUGAAAGAUAAAUGUUAGUACAAGUUGUAGAAAUUUUAUAUUAAAACCCCUCUGAAUGUUUUCGUUUUAAUAUAAUUUGUAAAAUUUUCAAUCAAAAAAUAAACUAGUAGCUCGCCAUUGUUGAUGUCAAUAAUUACACAAUGCUCAUGGUGCACAAAAUCAGUCGCACCAGCAAAGGGAGACAAAAAACACAAGUAACAAGUGGACAUGACACUGCUGUCAUUUUAAUCUGGGCGGGGCAUGUGCGAUAAUUGCGUCAAAUAUUUUAACGUGAUUUAUUUAAAAAAUUAAUUACCGCCUGUUAACGCGACAGUUUUGACAGCCCUAAUAUAAAUUUCAUUGGCUGCCAUUGACAACGCUAGACGUCCAAUCCAUGUUGACAAAUAUGUCCAACCUAACCAUUUUCACUUUUUAUUGUCAAAUUUUUGUACUGAAAUACAAAUCAUUCACUGUCAUUUCUCCCAGUUGAAAUGAAUUGGACUUCUAUCCUAGUCCAUACUGGCAAUGAGCUAAUUUGAAAAAAUGAUUUCAAUGUGUAGUGAAAGUGCGAUUCAGACGCCAACUAAGUCGUCUUCCUGUUUCACAAGGGAAGUUGCAGCACGCCAGGUUGCCUUGGAGUUGUAAGAAAUGGGGGAAAGAAAAAAAAAAGAUAAGUCAUACCGGUCAGUCUAGCAGGGUCCGCUAAGCUACUUAGCGUCCACAAAUAUGCGUUUUAACAAGAGCUUUCUUGCUAUUUCACGCUACAGCCAUCAACUGAGUCCCAACUUCGCACUAUUUUUGAGUGUAUUUUUGUAGACACGGUUAAAAAAAAAAAUUCAAAUGGGUCUACCGUAGACAGGAAGUGAGAAAAGUCCAACUUGAGUCUGCCCUGGCAGCUUAGUAAAUACUAUACGCUAACAGUUCCUUGUGUAAUCAUAAUCCAAUAUGUCAGUGUGUAUAAAUGGCCGCAGAUUAGAAGGCGUCCAUCUCACGCCGUCCUCUGUACACUAACUAGCACUCACGGUUGCUAAGGUAACACAACAGAUGUAUAGGACCAGUGAGGCCGAAGGUCGGGCCAAGAUGGUGGACCGCCUGGCCAACAGCGAGGCCAACUCCAAGCGCAUCUCGGCGGUGGAGGGUUGCUUCGGCGCGGCGGGCCAGCCGCUGGCCAUCCCGGGCCGCGUCCUGAUCGGCGAAGGCGUGCUGACCAAGCUGUGCCGCAAGAAGCCCAAGGCGCGUCAGUUUUUUCUCUUCAACGACAUCCUGGUCUACGGCAACAUCGUGCUCCAGAAAAAAAAGUACAACAAGCAGCACAUCAUCCCGCUGGAGAGCGUCACCAUCGACACGGUGCCCGACGAGGGCGACCUGCGCAACGGCUGGCUCAUCAAGACCCCAACCAAGUCCUUCGCCGUCUACGCCGCCACCGCCAGCGAGAAGUCCGAGUGGAUGAACCACAUCGGCGAGUGUGUGCGCGAGCUCCUGCGCAAGAGCGGCAAGGCGCCGGCCGGCGAGCACGCCGCCGUCUGGGUGCCCGACUCGGAGGCCGCCGUCUGCAUGCGCUGCCAGAAGGUCAAGUUCACGCCCGUCAGCAGGAGGCACCACUGCCGCAAGUGCGGCUUCGUGGUCUGCGGGCCCUGCUCCGACAAAAAGUACCUGCUGCCCAGCCAGUCUUCCAAGCCCGUACGCGUCUGCCACUUUUGCUACGGCCAGCUGCUGGACGGCGGGCGCGACACUGCCGCCGCCACGCGGCCCGUGGACUUCGGACGCGUCUCUGACGAUGAGGACGACGACGACGACGACAGCAGCGACUGAAGCGCCGACCUUCUUGCUACCGCGCCGAGGUAAACCGGCCCCAUACCGUCGGAAGAAAAGUUUUUUUCCAGGAAACAAAAAUUUGGGAGUCAUAUCGUUUUUUUUUUCCCUUCCUCUAAGAAAAUUUGGAGAAAAAAAACUGGACUCGAACGCCUCACUCAGAGGUAAACAAGUUGAAUACUAUAUGGAAAAAAAGUUUUCUAGAAAAAAAAAAAAUGGAAAUCAUAUUUUCAAGGGUUGGGGGUCUUUUUUUUUUUUUUUCCAAGAAAAAUUACUGAAGCAGCGCCGUUUGUACUCGAACGCCUCACACAGAGGUCAACAAGUUCAAUAAUAUCUAAAAAUUGUUUUAUAGGAAAAAAUAUUUUGUAAGUCAUAUUUUCAGUGGUUGGAGUUCAUUUAUUUUUCAAGAAAAAUCGCUCAUCUAACUCUGUUGGACUUGAACGUCUCAUGCGGCAGUAAACAAGUUGAAUACAGUCUGAAAUAUUUUUUUUUCCUUACAAGGAAAAGUGUUGAAAUGUCACCGUUUGUACUCGAACGCCUCACACGAAGGUAAAAAAAUUUCUAGAAUUUUUUUUUUUUUUGGGAGACAUAUUUUCAGGGAUUGGGGUCUAUUUUCUUACAAGAAAAAUUGCUGAAGUGGCACCGUUUGUACUUGAACGCCUCACGCAGAGGUCAACAAGUCAAAUACUAUUUGGAAAAAAGUUGUUUUUCUGGGAAAAAUAUUUUGAAAGUCACAUUUUCAGGGUUUGGAGUAAGAAAAAUUGCUGAAGUGACACCGUUUGUACUCGAACGCCUCACACGGAGGUAAACAAGUCGAAAACUGUUUGGAAAAAGUUUUCUAGAAAUUUUUUUGUUUUGUUUGAGUGUUAUAUUUUCUGUGGUUGGAGUCAAUUUUUUUUCCUACAAAAAUUACUGAAGCCAAGUUCAAUAAUACCUAAAAAAAAUUGUUUUAUAGGAAAAAAUAUUUUGUAAGUCAUAUUUUCAGUGGUUGGAGUUCAUUUAUUUUUCAAGAAAAAUCACUCAAUGAGCACUGUUGGACUCGAACGUCUCACGCGGCAGUAAACAAGUUGAAUACUAUUUGAAAAAAGUUUUUUUUUUCCUUACAAGAAAAAUUGUUGAAAUGUCACCAUUUGUACUCGAACGCCUCACAUGGAGGUAAAAAAAAUUGUUUUCUAGAAUUUUUUUUGUUUGGGAGUCAUAUUUUCAGUGGUUGGGGUCUAUUUUCUUACAACAAAAAUUGCUGAAGCGACACCGUUUGUACUCGAACACCUCACACGGAGGUAAACAAGUCGAAUACUAUUUGGAAAAAAGUUGUUUUUCUCGGAAAAAUAUUUUGAAAGUCAUAUUUUCAGGGUUUGGAGUUCAUUUAUUUUUCAAGAAAAAUUGCUUAAUCAACACUGUUGGACUUUAACAUCUCAUGCGGAGGUAAACAGGUUGAAAACUAGCUGAAAAAAAUACAUGUUUGGGUGAAGUGAUAUUUUCAGGGGGUGGAAUCUUUAUUUUCCUCCUAGAAAAAUUGUUGAAAUGGCACUUUUUGUACUCGAACGCCUUGCAUGGAGGUAAAAAAAAAGUUUUGUAGAAUUUUUGUGUUUGUUUGGGAGUCAUAUUUUCAGAGGGCUAUUUCCUUACAAGCAAAAUUGCUGUGGUGGCACCGUUUGUACUUAAAUGCCUCAUACAGAGGUCAACAAGUUGAAUAUCUGGAAAAAAAAGUCGUUUUAUAUAUAUAUUAAAAAAAAAUAUUUUGGAAGCCCAUAUUUUCAGGGGUUGGAGUUCAUUUAUUGUAAAAGAAAAAUUUCUCAAUAAGCACCGUUUGUACUGUAACACCUCACGCGGAGGUAAAUAAGUUGAAUACUAACAUUUUUUGAUGGGAGGAGUCAUAUUUUCAGGGGUUGGAGUCUAUUUUUUUACAAGAAAAAAAUUGCUGAAGUGGCACCGUUUGUACUUUAACACCUCACAUAGAGGUCAUUCAAAUACUGUUGGGAAAAAAAAAUUGAAAUAUUUUCAGGGCUUGGGAUCCAUUUAUUUUUCAUAAAAAUUCCUCAAGUAGCACCGUUUGGACUCAAAUGCCUGACAUGGAGAUUAAAAAAAAAAUUUUUUUUUUAAGCAAUUUUAUUUUGGACUCAUAUUUUCAGUAGUUUUGAGUGGCACCUAUUGUAGUUUGUUUACAUGCCUAUGAGACGUUCAAGUCGAAUACUAUCUGGAAAAAAAAAAGUUGUUUUCUAGAAAAAAAAUUGUCAUUUUCUGGGGUUGCAGUCUUUUUUUUUUUUUUUUUUUUUUUUUUACCCCAAGAAAACUUGCUGGUUUUGUCAAGAAAAAAGUAUUUUCAAAAGUUCUGAGGCAAGACCCAUUUUUCAUUAUGACUUCGCAGAAAACUGUUUAUUCCCCCCAAAAAACAACAACUUGAUUUUCAUGACAUUACAAUAUCAGAAAUAACACAAGUGCCCCCAAACGUGUUUUUUUUUUUUUGGGGGUAAAAAAAAAUGGGCUUCAUAAACUUUUAACAAAAACUUGUUUUUUUUUACGCCCAAAUUAGCAGUUUUUUUUUUUUUUUUUUUUUUUUUUUUUCCCUUGUGUAAAAAAGUAUCUUUUGGACAAAAUAUCUUUCACAUUCCUGUCAAUCGCGUUUUUCUUGGGAACUCAACGAACUUUUGAGAACCAGAUAUUUUUUGCGAAAACAAUUUGAGAGACAAAAGCUAAUAUAUAUUUUGGAUAACAUUUUCUAGAAGUUUUAUUUUUGAACACUUGAUGCCUGAGAGCAUUGGAGGAAUACACAAGUACAUAAUAGUAUUCAUAAAAAUAUACAAUGGAAAAUCUUCGACAAAAAAAGUGAUAAAAAUAUAGAAAAUUUUCAAAAAUGAAUUAUUUUUCGCCUCAAAACGGUUGGAUUUUUAAAAAAUAAGUAAAUAAUGUACUUCCCCAAUGCAUUUUGAUGUCUAUUCAGGCAUCAAGUAGUAAUUCCUUCAGCUCCAUUGACGUGGAUAGACGUCCAAUCAGGUGACACUAUCCUUCUGCUCUAAAUUUUUUUCAAGCAACCCUCCCAAUUCAAAUAGAUUGGACGUUUAUCGCUGUCAAUGGCAGCUAAAGUUAUUUUAAGCUAUUUUAUUUUGGACUCAUAUUUUCAGUAGUUUGAGUGGCACCUAUUGUACUUAACAUGCCUAUGAGACAUUCAAGUCAAAUACUAUCUAAAAAAGUUGUUUUCUAGUGAAAAAAAUUGUCACUUUCUGGGGUUGCAGUCUUUUUGUUUUUUUACCAAAAGAAAAAUUGCUGGUGUUGUCAAGAAAAAAAUAUUUUCAAAAGACCCAUUUUUUCAUUACGACUUCGCCGAGGGGAAAAAAAACCCAAAAAAACAACAACUUGAUUUUCAUGACAUUACAAUAUCAGAAAUAACACAAGUGUCCCCAAACGUUUUGUUUUUUUUUGGUCAGAAAAAUUGGUUUCCUAUAUUUUUAACAAAAACUUGAUUGUUAUGCCCAAAUUGGCAGAUUUUUUUUUCUUGUUAAAGAUAUUUUAGACAAAAUAUACUUUUUUUUUUUUUUUUUUUUUUUUUAACAUUCCUGUCAAUCGCGUUUUUCUUAAGUCAAAGUUUUGAAAACCACAUAUUUUUUGCUAAAACAUUUUUGAGACAAAAAGUUAUAUAUAUUUUGGAUAACAUUUUCUAGAAGUUUUAUUUUUGAACACUUGAUGCCUGAGAGCAUUGGAGGAAUACACAAGUACAUAAUAGUAUUCAUAAAAAUAUACAAUGGAAAAUCUUGGACAAAAAAGUGAUAAAAAUAUAGAACAUUUUCAAAAAUAAAUCAGUUCUAAUUUUUCAAUUACAUAAAAAAAUGAUGUACUUAUGUACUUCCCCAAUGCAUUUCGAUGUCUAUUCAGGCAUCAAGGAGUAACUCUUUCAGCUCCAAUGACAAGGAUAGACGUUCAAUCAGGUGACACUAUCCUUCUGCUCUAAAUUUGUUCAACCAACCCUCCCACUUCAAAUAGAUCGGACGUUUAUCGCUGUCAAUGGCAGCUAAAGUUGUUUUAAGCAAUUUUAUUUUGGACUCGAUUUUCAGUCAUUUGAGUGGCACCUAUUGUACUUAACAUGCCUGAGACGUUCAAGUCGAAUACUACCUGAAAAAAUUUUCAUUUUCUGCAGUUGAAGUCUAUUUUUUUUUUUUUUUUUUUUA